AUGGGACAGCGGAUAGCACCGGUUCUUGCUGUUUGCUUUAUGAGUAGAAUCGAGCAACCAGUGCUAGCACGUCUACCCAUAAUGUACUGCCGCUACAUUGACGACCGUUUCGUCAUAACAUCAACUCAGUCAGAAACGGAUGAGUUGUUCAACAUUCUGAACAGUCAAUCGCAGUACAUCAAGCUAACUCGAGAAGCCCUACACGAAGAUGGUUGCCCUUUUUGA